ACCCCCUGCCCCAUCCUCCUUUUAACAAGCCGACUGCUGGCUGAGCCCUUUUUUUUGUUUUGCAAUCUGUAUGUGUGAGGCUGGGGAGGCAGCACAGUGAUAUUUGCUGCUUUAUUCGGAGAGGGAAGGGAGGUACAGGAAGGGGGUGCUGUGCUGGGAUAAUGAUGGUACCAGUAGCACGGCUGCCGCUGUUGUUGCUGAUGUUGGGGGCCAUGCUGUGGGCCGUGCUAGCCUCUGGCCUCGAUGCCGGGGACGGAGAGCUGCCUGCCAAGGACGGCGAGUGCAAACUGAAGACGGUGAGCGUGUCGGCGCUGCCUUUCCUGCGGGAGAACGACCUGAGCAUCCACACGCCGCUGUCCGCCGAGCCCAAACUCCUCUUCUCGGUCAGAAACGACUUCCCCGGCGAGGUGGUCGUGGUCGAUGACCUGGAGAACACCGAGCUGCCUUACUUCGUCCUGGAAAUAUCUGGCUCUUCAGAAGAGAUUCCCCUUGUUCGCUGGAGGCAGCAGUGGCUAGAAAAUGGAACGUUGCUUUUUCAUGUUCACCACCAGAAUAAUGCCCACCGUUUACCAGGGCUCAUUCCAACCAUCUAUUCUCAAACAGAUUCUGCUGAGGAAGAACUCCGAAUCCUCCAUAUUUCUGUGAUGGCAGGGAUGAUCGCCUUGUUGUUGGCAAUUUUGUUCCUCGUUAUGAUUCUCUACACUCGGCGGAGAUGGUGCAAGCGGCGCCGUGUCCCACAGCCCCAGAAAAGUGCCAGUGCAGAAGCAGCAAAUGAAAUCCACUACAUCCCAUCUGUGCUGAUGACUGGCCAGACUCGGGAGAGCCUGCGGAACACCCGACCGCAGGGCCACAACUCCAGCGGCUCCAUCAGCAUCCGGGAAACGCCCAUACUCGACGGAUAUGAGUACGACAUUGACGACCUUCGCCAGCAGCUGCAGAGGGAGUGCAUGAAUGGCGGGGAGGAUUUUGGCAGCCAGGUGACACGCACCUUGGAUUCUCUUCAAGGUUGUGAUGAGAAAACCUGCCUGGAUCUCACCCCAGGAAGUGAUACCACCAAGCUGUCGCUCAUGAAUAAAUACAAAGAGAACUUAUUAGCCACCAGCCCUGUGGACAUCAGUCAUCAGCAGACAGCUUUGCUCCCACGCAGUUCCUCCAGUGGACAAAGAAAACGUUUCACCAGUAAAUCCAGAGCUGGAUCUGCCUUUUUGAAUCCUGAAGGCGAUUCUGGGACUGAAGCCGAUAACGAACCUCAGCUAACAUUUUACACUGACCCCUCUCGUAGCAGGCGCCGGAGCAGAGUUGGUUCUCCCCGCAGCCCUGUCAACAAAACUACCCUCACACUGAUAAGUGUGAUCGGCUGUGUUAUUGGACUGGUUUAUGGCUCACACCUGAACUGUCCUUUGUCUGUCAAAGUUGUUCUCCAUGUCCCAGAACAUCUCAUUGCAGAUGGAAGUAGAUUCAUACUGCUUUACGGAAGCCAGUUGGUUGCCAACAACUGGUUGAAUCCAGCUCAGGUGGUGCUCUAUCACCAGCAGAACAGCAGUGGUCCCUGGAUGAUGGAGCUGUGUGGCCGGCGCCUCAUUGACCCCUGUGAACACGAGUGCGAUGUGGACACAGGUGAAUGUGGCUGCAAGGAAGGAUAUACAAAAGAUCCUGUUCACAAGCAUCUCUGCAUCAGAAAUGACUGGGGCAUAAACCAAGGUCCCUGGCCAUACACAGUGUUUCAGCGUGGCUUUGAUCUGGUGUUGGGAGAACAGCCAUCAGACAGAAUUUUCAGGUUCACCUACACGCUUGGGGAAGGAAUGUGGCUACCUCUGAGUAAAAGCUUCGUCAUUCCCCCAGCAGAACUUGCCAUUAACCCAUCAGCUAAAUGCAAGACAGACAUGACAGUGAUGGAGGACGCAGUUGAAGUCAGAGAAGAAGCCAUGAUCUCUGCUUCCUUUGACAGCCUUGAGGUUCUGCUUGACUCUUUUGGUCCUGUGAGAGAUUGCACAAAGGACAAUGGUGGCUGUAGUAGAAACUUCUGCUGCAUUUCCGAUCGCAAACUGGAUUCAAGUGGUUGUGUAUGCCCUCUGGGACUCAGCCCGAUGAAAGAUGGCUCUGGCUGUUAUGACAGACACAUUGGUAUUGAUUGUUCAGACGGGAUGAAUGGCGGUUGUGAGCAACUGUGCCUGCAGCAGACCAUGCCUCUACCAGACAACCCCUCGCACUACAACAUUGUGAUGUUCUGUGGUUGUAUUGAGGACUACAAGCUAGCUUCGGACGGAAGGAUGUGCCAGCUGGUUUCUGAAUCCUGCACCAGUGGCCUAGACUGUGCUGAUGCCAGCCUUCCUCUGAACCAGACUCUCUUCAGAGAUCUCUUCUACGGUUACAAUAACCAGACUAAGGAACCUGCACUUGGCCAAGUGUUCAUGGGCACAUUCCGACAGAAGAAUGUGAUGAAUGGUAUACCACAGCAACUGCCAGAUGGAGUGGUUGUAUCAGCUCUGCCCAGUGAAAGCCAUUGUCAGGAAUUGCUGUCUGAACCCAUUCCGGAUCCAGAUUACCUCACAGGAAUGGUUAACUUCAGUGAAGUGACAGGAUAUCCAAUGGUGCAGCACUGGAAGCUGCGAUCAACCCAGUACCACGUAAAGCUUAACCAGAAGACCCUCUCUGCAGCAUUCAGCCAUGCUGUCCAUUCUCUGGAUGGAGCCACACUGCGGAGUGACUUUGUGUCAGUGCUGGAGGAAUUUGGCAAUCACUACAUCCAGGAGGCUCUCUACGGAUUUGAGGAAACGUGCACCAUUUGGUUUCCAAAUCGUUCUGUUCAGAGACAGCUGUGGAUGGAAUAUCAAGAUAUUAGCAAAGGCAAUUCUCCAUCUGAUGAAUCAGAGGAACGUGAGAAGGAUCCGAAGUCUAUAACCUUUCCCGCCUACGUUAGCAGCCUUCUCGAUUCUGGCGAUGAGCUUAUGUCAUCAGGGGUGAGGAUGUACUGUGAAAACAGGGGUGUUUGCCCUACAUCCUGUCAUCUAUGCCACCGAACAGGAGGCCAGAACAGGCAAGAAGAGCCUGUCUUACUGGAAGUCACCAAGGCUGCUCCCUUGUAUGAACUGUUGAGUGACAACGAGACACAGAAAGCUAUCUAUGAAGCAAUGUUGAGCCAGCUCUGGUGUUCAGGAGGCGGUGAUGUUAUCGAUGACUGGUGUCGGUGUGAUUCUACAACAUUCAGCGUUGACGGCCUACCAAACUGCGCGCCCCUGCCUCAGCCAGUUUUGAGAUUGUCACCGGCACAUGAGCCCAGUAGCUCCUUGGUGGCUUUGGAAUGGCACCACACGGAGCCCACCAUCGGGGUGAAGAUUGUCGACUACCUGAUCAGUUUGGAAAGAGUCACCAUCAGUGACCGCACAGAAACAUCCAAGAUCGAGACGGAAUCAGUGUUGAGCUUUGUGGAUGACAUUGCCUCUGGAUCCAAGACUCCCUGUGUGAUGUUGGGAAAAGUUCCAGACAAAGUUUCAAACUCAAUAUCUUUGAUCAUCAGAUGCCUGGAGCCUGAUACUACGUAUAUGUUUACCUUGUGGGCCGUGGAUAACACUGGAAGACGUUCCAGACCCAGCGCAGUUACUGUUAAAGUACCUUGUCCACUCGUGGAUGAUGUCAAGGCUAAAGAAAUUGCUGACAAAAUCUACAACCUGUUCAACGGCUACACGAGCGGAAAGGAGCAACAGACCGCGUACAAUACCCUGAUGGAUCUGGGCCCAUCUACCCUGCACCGAGUGUACUACCAUUACAACCAGGACUACGAGCACUUUGGAGAAUUCACGUGGCGCUGUGAGGACGAAUUGGGCCCCAGGAAAGCUGGCCUGAUCCUAUCCAAAUUGGAGGAGCUCAGCAGCUGGUGCAGGAGUCUACUGCGAGAGCCCAAGAUCAUCCUGCGGCGAAUCUCCUUGAAGUACCUCUCGUGUCAGUACAGUGAAAUGAAGCGUUCAGGAAUAAACUGGCAAGACCUGAGCACGGAGGUGAAGAAGAUCUGUGAGGAACAGUUCCUGACGGUGCUGUACAAUGACUAUGGGGAGCAUAAGGAGUUCUGACCGAGGAAUGCCCUUUGUGCCUAUUCCCCACACCUCACCACCCCAGCUCCCCCCCCACCCCCACCCCCAUGCCACGUUCUUCGGCUGUUCUGUAUGCCAUCCGCACAGCCCUCCUGGGUGAAAUGUUGCUCGGUUCCCUGCAGUUGUUUUGUGGAGAUCAUUGUUAACCCCAGGCUCACUUUUGGUCUGGCUGUAAAACUCUGAAUCCGUUUGAUGUGUCAGCCAAACAUGGAGAUUGUGUUUGAUUUUUAACUUCUUUCACUGGAAGCUGGAAGGAUUGGCAGGAAGAAUGAGACAGCGAUGAUAAUGUUUGUGUAACAUGUAUUCCCGUUGCUGAGGUUGUUCUGCCAUUGUUGUAGGUGACAACAUAUAUCAAAUAUCGUUUUCUGCUGCAGACACUUGACUUGUUGUAGAUUAGCAGUGUUGUAUUUAACACGCAGUGGUCCUUAGAAUAAGGAUCCUUUCUCAAAACCAAGACUGUCCGGUCAGCGAUAUGAAGUUGGGUUUUCAGUUGGCUUCAAGCAUUGGUUGGUUCUGGAUAAAUUCUGAUAAAUUCUCCCCUGGUUUAUACAUUCUUGAGGAUGGACUGUGUUACCAAUAUUUCAUCUUUUAGAAUGAUGGAAGUUAUGUGGUGUUGGGUUAAUGAAGCAUUGUGUUACCCAUCUUAGAGAGGGCUUGUUAUGGCAUCCAGUAUUCCAUUGUAGAGGAAGUUUCUAUAGCACAUAGUUCCUGAUCUAUCAAGAGGUUUAAGUAUGGCAUCUGACGCUUUCCAAUAGUAAGAGGUAAUCUAGUUCUCCCCGACCUCUUUCAUAUUUGGUUUAGAAUUAAUGUUCCAUACUUUAAGUAAAUUGAAAUACUUGAUCUUUUGUUGUUCAACUUGUAUUUUGGGAAAUAUUCAGGCAGCUUACUGAAAGCCAAACUCUUUGAUCCAGUACUGGAUGGGUGGUAAUUCUAGUCGUCUUUCCCAUCACCACCGUAGACCCACAUGUAUGCACACACACACACGUGCACAUACACACAAGCGUGCGCGCACACACACACAUACAAGCGUGCAUGCACACAUGCAGACCCCACUCUGUCUAUAUCCUGGACCACAAAGAUAACCUUCAAUUUCUUUUCACCCCUACAGCCAAUCUUCAGAACGCUCUCCGUCCUCAACUGUAACAAGAAACGCGAGGAGCUUUGUCACUAAGAUUCAGACAAUCUGAUCAGCUGCCUCACUUCCUCCAGUCCACUGGGCCAAAUGUCCUCUUUAGCAACAACCCUUUCCCAUCCCACUCACCUCUUCCCUGACCGAGCCUGAACUUGCCCUAUUCCCACUGAACAGCCGAUGACACAAUUUCUCUUCAUGCUCUCCCCUCCCCCAACUCUCGGAGCUGAUACUGUCAACUGCUCAGUCUCCUCCCCACCUCCUUCAAAUCUGCUGUUACCAUGCCCCAUCCCCAUCUCCUUUCUUGACUCCUCUGUCCUUCCAAAAUAUUGCUCCAUCUUCAAUCUCCUUUUCCAUUCCAAAGUCCUUGAACGUGUUAGCUCUGAAAACCUGGGCUAACCUUUUCCUCAGCGCCGUGUUUAAACCCCUUCAGUUAGGUUUCUCGGUACUCUCUUGUUUUCCAAAAGCCACAGAUUACAUCCUUCAUGAUGUGUGGCCAUUGUAAACUCUUCCUCCCCAGUCUUUUUGAAGUUCCUGCAGCCUUUAACAUAACUUGAUCACACCACCUUCUUCCAACACUUGUCCUCCAGCCUGCAGCUUGGUGGGACAGCCUCCCGCUAUUCUUAACCAAUUUAGGCUCGAAGGUCAUCUGCGAUGGUUGUUUUUCUAAUGCAGUUAGCUCUGGUGAAUCCUGGGUUUCACUUAUCUGCUAUUUCAGACUGCAUUUUGGAGACCUCAUCUCGAAAAGUCACACUGCCGCACCGCGCUCUCAAUUCCUUCAUGUCUCUGAAUUGUCGCAACGUUCGGAAUGAGAUAAGCAGAAAUGUUCUCCAACUAAUUGUUAGGAAAAUCCAAGCCAUGGGAGUCAACCUGAGCAUCAGCUGAAAUCCCCAUCCGCAGCUUUGUUAUUGAUGAUUCCAAUAUGCCCCCAACAAGUCUUCAAUCUUUCAGUCUCCAUGAAGCCAUCUGAAACACAAUCCCAGCUUUCCUGUCCCUCGCUUUCCUGUUCUCACCGACACACACACACACACACAGAGACAAGUGAUCCACCAGCCUUCAAGAUUUGAGUCCUUGUUUUCCAACUCUUCCAUGGUCUUUACCCCACUCCACCCGGUUGUCUCUAGUCCAGCAAUGCUCUGAUAUCGUCCAUCCUGUUCUGUUGACUCCUACAUUCCCAAUUCUCAUACUCCCUUCUUUGGCAACUGUGUCUUCACCUGACGAGGCCCUAAAAUUUUCAGUUCUUAACUCCUUUCUCCCCUUUUAAGACGUUGCCUAAAACCUACCUUUACGACCUCACCUGUCCAAACACCACCUCGUGUGGCUCAGUGCCAAAUGUUGGAGAGUACUCCCGUGUUGCACCAGGGGUUGAAAAAGGCACUAUAUGACAAUGCACAUUCUUUUUACAUGAUAUGGUCCAGUUAAUACUUGUGAAUUUCUCAAUCCCAAUGGAAAGAACAGAAUGCUGAGUGUCAAGAGGGCAGGGGAGCAUGGGGUACAAAGAGCAGGAAUAGGCCAUUCAGCCCCUUGAGCUUUCCCCUCCAUUUGAUACGAUCACGGCCGAUUUCAUCUCGGCUUCAAGUCUACUUCCCUGCCUGUUCUCCGCAAUCCUUCAACCCCUUCAGGAUCCCAAAGGCAUCCAGCCAAACAUGUGAAAAGGAAAGUUACUGCCCUUUAAUCUGUUUAACUGUGUUUCUUCCUGUUGAUUCACCACCUCUGAAGACACAGCAGUGAGUAAACUGGUCUAUCUGGUUAUAUUAUUACAAAGCCAUCAGGGAUUGGACUACUGAGGAGAAACAGAUUUAUUUUGUGUGUUGUAAAUGAGAUGUACUACAAUUCUGUCAUUCAUAAAAAUUGAGCAGGGCUAUCAUAUCACUCGGUCACUUCUCCUGAAAGAGGGUGAAUGUGGUGCUGACUGGGCCGUCUUGUGGAAAUGGGGUCAGUAGAGCAGAGUUCCUAUUACAGCGAUGCCUUAACUUGUUCACGAGGCGGGUCGCUCGAGUCAGAAGACUUCCUGACUGGUCAGAACUUUCCCAGUAAAAUUACCAUGAAAUGUCAGACCUUUCUGUCUGGGACAUGUGAGACAGAGUGGGGCCACUGUAAGGAGCACAGGGUCAGUCGAAGGCCCGGCUCAGUUAUCCGCAACUCCAUGGCAAUUGUUUCAGAAGUUGUUAAGCCAUCUUAUACUCAUCCACUACAUCUCCUCCACUGUACCCUCCCUGAAGCCCCCCUCCCCGUGCCAACACAGUGCCAACCCCCACCAUGCCCUAUCCAUAGCCACUCACCCAGUAUCCGCCAUGGGCAGACCUCAUGGGGAUGAAUAAAAGUUAAACUUCUAAUAACCCAAUAUAGUUCACCCUCCUGCAUGAUGGUUAAUAAAAUUCAUAGAAUCCAUUCACAGAGCCUUAAAAGCUCCUGAAGGGAUUGGAAGAAAUUAUUCUUGUUAAAAACAAAUUUCUAUGUGGACUUCAUAUCAAAGACAGCUAAUCCUUUAAUAUUUGAACUUUCAAUCAGUCUAUGAACUCAGGAAGCCCUGCUGAGACAAUGGUAGCUUGUGAAAUUCAAUUGAAAUAAAUCCCCUUGGUAUCCGGCAUAUAAGGGGAAUGUGGGGCAGCAGGAGGUGAGGGGAGGCGGGGUUGUGGGUGGGUGCCUGUUACACGAAUGUGCUAGUUGCAGGACCACUCAGAAACACCAUCGAUGAGGUUUGAUCAAAAAGAGUGUGUUUUGUGUGUGUGUGUGUGUGUGUGUGUGUCUGUGUGUCUGUCUGUCUGUCUAUCUGUCUACCUGUGUGACAGGAAGAGAGACAGGCAAUUAAAUUAUCAAUUCCCAGAGUGAGGAAACCUGCAUCCAUCGAUUGUUCUGCGUGAGAAUUCUGGAUAACAGGAUAAUAGAGACGUCACCUGGUAUGUGGUAAUGUCAAUCGAAAACUUCAUCGAAAUGGACGUGACCAGAUGCCCUUAUGUUUUUAUUUUGUGACCUUCAGCAGACGGGCUGUCAAUCGAAACAGUCCUGCAGGGAUUAUUUUAACUCUCACUGACAGCUGCAGCCUGUUUUAUUUUUAAACUUUAAAGAGCAGAGGACCCUAAGGCCCUUGCAACAACUAAAAUGCGAUCUGUUUGGACCAAGGCAGAAAGGUCAAAUGACCCUCUUAGUUUGGUUCCUGUUUGUGCACAUCAUGACCACCCCUUUCGGCGAAACUAGGCUUCAUUAGAAAUGAGGGUGCCACUGGGCACAAUGAUCUUAAAGAAGUGCAGAGUCUUCCAAACUCUGCAAAAAUCCAGCACUUCGAGCAACCUCCGUUUUCAAAUCUCGUGCUGAGUACCUCAUUUGACACUGUUAGUUUGACACUAUUAUCCUCUCCAAAAGCUGCAGUAAUCCAGCGGGUGAUGUUCCACAUCCUGCCCUUGUGUAAUUGCAAACAUAUCCUAGCUGAUUUCUCAUAUUGAAACAAUUCUUCAAGCAUUCUUCAGCAUGCAGAUUAGAUUAGAUUAGUGGAUUCCUCACUCCCAUUAAGUCUAUUUACACAUAGAUAGGUGCAUGAUCUACAAUUAAGUGUUUUAAUAUUUAUUCAGAAUAAGCUUUUUUAUAUAAGAUUGCCAACUUUUAAGAUUAUUGAGGGGAUGGUUACUCAAAGGUGUCACGUGAUAGCAUUGUACACUGCUCUGCGUUAAAACACGUUAACAGACUGCUAACAAUUUAUUAAGCAUCAGAAAAUAAACCAGUAAAAGCUGGUAGUCUGGCUGUUCCUAUUAAAAGGCUGCAUUCCUCAAACCAAAGCUAGCCACAGUACUGAAAAUGUCAACAUGCAGGAUAGAGCAGGAGACCUUCCACUUGUGUAGAACUGUAAUCUGUUGCACUUUGUUCAUUAAAUCACUUAUGUUUCUGUAAAAGUCACUGGUAGCCACAUUAUAACCUUGCUCAGAGAGCCCAGUGAUUUAAUCAGCCUUUCCCCCUAUUUACGUGUGAGCCACACUGAAACCUUCUCUGUCCAACUGUGCAGCAGCAACAUUUUGUUGGAGCAUUGUUGUUUUAUAGGUGUGAAAGCCCAAGUAAGUGUUACUGCACUCUGUGUUUUAUGGCAAUGUUAACAGGAUGUUGAGAAUGUGACAAUUUCCUUGCUGCUCUUAAACACUUCUUUGGAGAAUACAUAAGUAGUCACUUUGUUGCUGCCUCCGACAUCACUGCCCCCAUUUACAAAGUCAGCCUAUGGUUAGGUUUGAAGUGAUAUUUGAUGAUGAUUUCUGUACCUCUUUGUGUAAGCAUGCCAUUGUCCAUUUUUCCUAGGUAUUUUGGUGAAUGCAUAUAGGCUUCCCAUUUGUACACGCCAUUGAGCUUGACUUGUUUUGUCUUCUUCUGAUCCCUGUUCCUUUUUACCUAAUCCCAGAUUCUCCCUUCACAGCAUCCUCCUAAUUCCCUCCAGACCCACUGCUGCCAUUGUCACCCCCUCUUCUCAGUUCUCCUGUACACCCUUCAAUGGAUUAGCCUGCUACUGGCAGCCACCUCUUGGCUUUGGCCUCCUUAUGUGCGUGUGUGUCUUUGAUUGAUCCCUGGUUUCUGUUGGCUCUUGUCCACAAGUCUGUAACCACUUUCUUGAUCAGUAGAACUACUGCUCUCUCCUUGGCUAUUGUUGCUUAAGAUCUGCAUUACAGAGAUCAGAUGCUAAUUUAUGAGUAAAACCAUUGCCCCCAAUCAGGAAAGCUAAACAAGAGGCCAGUGAUUGAGCUCCAGGGGUAAACCUUUGACCGCUCCUAAAGUCUUGAUGUUUACAGCCCAUGUGUCUUUUAACUUGAAGAUUAAUGUUGUGCGUUUAAAAUUAAUAAGGCAUUCCCUGCCAAAUAGCACUCUGAGAAGCAACAUUGGCCAGCACCCUUUGACUAUCUGUGUGUUUGGAGUCAAACAGAAGUUGCUGGCCAGGGAAUAUUGGUCUGCAUGAGGCACCAUUGUCUCUGUGUCACAUUUUGAACUGUUUACUAUAAGAAUUCCGAGGAAUUGUUUCUGUGACAUUCCUGUUUAAAAUAAGGAGGUCGAUUCUUAAGCUCCAUGCAGUUUUAUCCUCAUAAAUUCUCCAGUUAAAUAUGGUGGAAAUACAAGAGUGUUGCAUGACCUCUGCUUGCGAACAUAAUAUGCAGAGCCAAAUAAAAACUUUUUACUGUCAUGUGUUCAGUUAAAACAAAUCCUGCUUUUAAGUAACAGCUAGUAUUCAACAACACGACCCACUCGGACCUCUCAACUUUCUUGUGUAACCUUUGCAUUGUUAAAUAGUCAGAUAUUCUAUUGACUGCUUUAGCCCACAGAACAAGCAGGUACAGAAUGACAUUUGCAUACUGGACCUGUGACCCAUGUUACACACGUGCUACUGUCUGAUGGUUUCAGAGGCUUCUUCCUCUCUCCCACUUCCUAACGAAAUCUGUUUUUGCAUUUUCUCAUCAGAAGAAAAAGAUAGCAAGUUUAAAAUAACUGAGUACACACAACAGGAAACCUCAAUGUAUUUAACCCUCAGACUCAAAUCAACCAAGGGUUUUUUCCUAACACAGUGCUUUUGUUAAGGCAAAGCAAUUCUGCAGUGAACAUCUUAUUUAGUUAAUAAGGACUGUUAUUGGUAAGAAUGUUAACUAUUUAAAGCUGAUGUCAAUGCACAUACAGGCGCGCAUCAAUAAAGCAGUCGGAGGUCUCCUAGUCUUCAAUCCUUGGGUAUUAUAUUUACACUGCACUACAGCAAGCUGCAGAGUGAAUGCUUUCAUCGAUCAGCUGAGCUGUGAGUAUCUUCAAUGUGUAACGGCUGUUUUAAACUUGUAAGCAAAUGUGUAUGAGAUUUACACUCGGAUAAAGAGUCAUUUUAAAAUGAAAUGUAGUUGUUUGUUCUCUGAGUUUUGAUAAUGCAGGUAUGCGGUGUAAUAUGUGCUGAUGUUAAAUGAGAGCUGUGAUCUAGUGAUGUGCACACAUUUUGGUCAUUGUUUCCUUGAAUCCACUGGCUGAUAAACAUAAAAUAUUGAUUCUGA